GAACCCACAGAUGGCCGACCUUCCACCCUGUAGGCUACGCCUGUUUAAGCCACCAUUUUACUCAACUGGCGUAGACUGCUUCGGGCCCUUUCAGGUAAAGAUAGGCCGACGCCAGGAAAAGAGAUGGGGAAUUUUAUAUAAGUGCUUGACAACCAGAUGUUUACAUCUCGAUCUCCUUGAACACCUGGACACUGACGCCUUCCUCCUUUCUUUGCGACGCUUUAUAGCACGUAGAGGAAAGCCUUUCGAGAUUCUAUGUGACAAUGGCACUAACUUUACUGGAGGUGAUCACGAGUUAAAGGACUCCUUUCGUCGAAUGGCUCCUGAGCUUCAGGAACAACUGGCUAAACAGCAGAUCCAGUUUCGCUAUAACCCACCGAGUGCCCCUCACUUUGGCGGGACAUGGGAGCGAGAGGUGAAAUCAAUUAAGACUGCCUUACGUGUCAUUCUACAUGAACAAUCUGUGCCUGAAUCUGUUCUGCAAACAUUGCUUGUGGAAGUUGAGGGCAUACUCAAUUCCAAGCCCCUUGGCUAUGUCUCAUCGGACAUUGCAGACCUUGAUCCUGUGACUCCUAACCUGUUACUCAUGGGACGUCAUGAUGCUUCAUUACCACAAGUCCUUUAUGACUCCGACGAACUCUUGGGGAAACGCAGGUGGAGACACAGCCAGAUACUGGCUGACCAGUUCUGGACCGCUUUCAUUCGCUGCUACUUACCAGAACUACAGGGUAGACAGAAAUGGAGAUCAGACGGCAGGGAGAUGGCAGUGGGACAAGUGGUACUCCUAAUUGACCAACAACUCCCACGAGCGUUAUGGCCUGUGGGUACUGUGACAGAAACCUACGCAGGGGCUGACGGGAGAAUCCGGACAGCCAAAGUUCAAGUCAAAGGCAAGCUGUACACACGCCCUGUCGUGAAACUGAUUCCACUUCCUCCAAUGAGGGAUAGUGAUACAGAUACUCCAGACGGCCUUUCUUAAGGAAUACAAUUAUCCUGACUGAUAAUUGGGGGCGGCUGUUUCAGAAAGUCCGUCCUGGAACGGAAAACAGACAGCGGUUUCUGACGGACUAAUAUCAUAGUUGCUACUUCCAGCAGACUGAUACGAGAGUUAGUUCCAGAUGCGCUCUCCCAUAUACCGUUCAAUGUUGUGCGUUCAUGCAACAAAUACCACAACACAACGUGAUGACGUUUUAUAAUUCUCCCUACCCACUUGAGAUUGUAACUGGAUGUCACGUACUGCCUGACAAGCAUUAUUAAAGAGAAGUUUGAUGAAGAUAUACCUCUCCCGUGCCUGAUUCUCUUACCAGAAUCACUGUCCAUAAUUGUCCGCCUACAGAACUGUAAAUUCACAAAGGUUGCCAGAGGUGCUACUCUGCAAUAAGUCUACAACCCAACCUGGAGAGACCGGUGUGUCUCGGCAAGACAACGUCAAGACACGGACAGGACAACAUCAUAUCUCUCCACACCCAAAUGACUACAGAGGUGAUCGUUGACAAUCAUCACAUCAACAGCACCAUGAAUGGAGCAGGUCAAGAUCACGGAGUUGCUUAGUAUCCACAUCACAGAUGACCCAUCUUGAUCUAUCGACACCACCAACAGAACCUGGCCAAGAAAGUCCAAAAACCUCUGCACUUCCUCCCACAGUUGAGGAAGGCUCAUCUCCCACAAAUCCAUCCUCUUAACUUUCUAUAGGGGAAUCAUAGAGAGCCUCUUCCUUCCACCCCCACCCUCCAAUAACCUAAGGGCAGCUGAUUGACUCUUGCACAAAUACACUGGUUGUUUACACUAUGAUGCUGCUACAGUGGUUUAUUUUUUUUAUUUUUAAAUUUGCUAUGAACAUUUGACCCCACUUACACACAUAUUGCACUGCCUUUUGCUACUUGUCAUGUCAUCCACUUGCACUGAAAUACUAUAUUAAUUAGGGAUGAGUCACGAUUUUCGAAUAUUCGAUUAGUUGAUUUUAUUAUAGAAUAUUGAAUAGGAUGUGUGGGAUGAUUGUCUUUAAAAAAUCCCCAUGUUUUAGUUGUGGUUAUAAGUUGCAAUCCUAAAUUCACAUAAUAUUUUUAUACAUUUUAUAAAUAUAUUCUUAAUAUUUGUUGUUUUUGUUUCUAUGUUUGAGCUUAUAUAUCUCAAUAUUAAUAACAGUCUGGUUAAUUUUGAGUCUUGAAAUGUAAACUCUCAAGGGUUGGCGUUCUAAAUAUAUGUUGGUUAUGUGUAUAUUCAGAAUGACUUCUGAGCAGCAACCUUUUUAUUUUGGGGAUGUCAUGAAUGCAUCACUUGCCAAAAUUGGGGCUGACUAGUAAGGGGUUAAACGUAUAUAAAUGAAACGUUUUAUAUAAAAAUUAUACAUUUGAUACAAACCUUCACUGUUGUUAGCUGCAUUUUCUAUCUUCU